UUUUUGUAAUAUUUAUGGUUGGUUCCACACAGCUUAUUUAUGUUGAAAAUAGAUAAAAUUGGAGAAUUGCAAAAGGAUGUUCGAGAUACAAAGCGAGAACUGAAAGAAAUCAUCGAGGAAAAAGAGACAUAUGAAUCAAAAUAUAACGAUUUGUUGGAGUCUAUGGAAAUGCUAACUCUGGAUAAAGAAGUCGCUGAGGAAAGGGCAGAGAACUUACAGCAGGAAGUUAAUAUGCUAAAGGACAAAAUCGAGGAGGUGGCCGUUGAUUUGGAUAUUCUUAGAAAAGAAGCAGACAUACUCAAUAAACCACCAGAAUUAACUAAGAAAGAAAACGAAGAGCGAACACCUUUGGAGGUGAUCCAGUUAGAGAGACAUAAUGAGCGAUUGAAAGAGGCUCUUUUGAGGUUGCGUGAUGCAACAGCCGAACAAGAGAACGAAUUACAGCAAAAAAUUAAAAUUUUGGAACAAGAGAAUCACGAACUAGAUGAAUAUAAAUCACAAUAUGAAAAAAAUCUAGAGAGGCUUGCUGACGCUGAGGCAACAAUUGAGGAUUUAAAACUGCAGCUUGAUGAUGCGCUUGGCGCCGAAGAACUAGUCGAGCAAUUGACAGAGAAAAACUUGAAUUUGACAGAAAGAAUAGAUGAAUUAAAUGCCACAGUAGAAGAUCUCGAAGCACUCAAAGAGUUGGCGGAUGAAUUAGAGGAAAACCAUAUUGAAACAGAAAAGCAGCUUCAAGCCGAAAUAGAUCAUCGCGAUAUGCUGUUACGAGAGCAAUUAGAGCGACUUAGAGCUAAUGAGGAAACCACAGCAGAUUAUGAAGCCACUAUUCAACAAUUUAGAGAACUAGUGACAAUGUUACAGAAUGAUCUUGACGUAUUGAAGCAAAAGGAACAGACUGAGCAAUCAGAAAAACAAACACUAAAUAGUCAAUCACAAGCUAUGAUGUCUCUCAACUUGCAACUUCAAAAUACGGUCAUGAAAGCUCAAGCGAAAGCCGUUGAUAUUGAGCUUCGCAAACUGGAAGUCAAUCAAGCCAAUGACCGUCUCAAUAUGAUCCAACCUUACCUUCCCGACGCGUUUUUCAAAACUGAGAAUGACUCAAUUUCUUGCGUUUUAUUAUUCAAACGUUUGGAAUUCAAAGCACAACUUAUUGUUAAGCACUUGGAUCAAAAUCAUCCUAUCAGUGAGAAGAUUAUGAACAAUAUUAAUGAAAACCUCGUCACUAUUUGUGAGAUUAAACAAAGAGCAGGGUGGUUAGGUAUUUUAGCUACAAGAUUCCAUUCAUUUAUUAAAGGGUGCGAUAUUCCAACCUUUCUUCGAAUGGGGGCAGUGUACCAUGAUUUGAUCGGCGUUGAACGAAGAUUGAAUGCCAUUGUUGAAUCGUUAAGAACGGAUCAUGUAAACGAGGGCCAAUGUUUAUCAGAAUUACAGCGUAUAGUAUCGCAAUUAGAACAUUUGGCAGAUACUUACCUUCAACAAGAGAAAAACAACGCCAUUCAGUUCUUUGGAAUAACAAGGAUCUUGGAUUUGAAUGCCGAUCGUAUGAUUGUUCUCCUGACGUUUGUCCGACAAGCACUGGAUAAUGCAGUAAGAAAAGAAGGUUUAGUAAUUAGUGAGGGCGUUGAGCGAAUGGAGCAAAACUAUCAUGAGCCUAUAGGAAGAUUUAUUGCGCAAGCAAAGAACAGUAAAAUAAUAGCAAAGAAACUAAUGCGUCGCUUAGAAGAUAUGUUUGAAGAAGCGAUGACUCUGAAACUAGAUCAAUUACAUAGGUUCAAUACUUUACUUGCAAUUAGCUCCAAACUUUGUAAAUUCUGUUUUGACACCUGUAAAGCAAUUACUACUUACAUCGAUACUAAGCGAGGAGGUCAGGAAGAUAUCGAGCUCACAGCUAUUCAGAAGAUUAUUUUGGAGAAGGGAGACGAAAUACUUGAAAUGGUCGAAAGUUCAAUGUGGGAGAGCGCUCUCAGAAACAUUAAAUCAUUAAAUAGCGAACUUGAUAAUACAAAUGUUCAAAUUGAGCACAUUGAUAAACUUGACAAGAUUACGACUAAUGUUGCGCCCUGGACUCAACGUGCAUCUGAUAUUAAGGCAGAAGUGGUUGUAAACCAUGAGCUGGAACGCAAGUUACAACAACAUAAUGAAGAAAUAGUCAAACUUGUUAAGGAUGUGAGGUUAAAGGAUCAAGCACUUCAAGAAUCAGAAGUGAAAAUAAACUUGUUGGAGAAACGUAUGGAGAUGGCUAGAAGGGAGGCAGAAAAGAUUAAAUCGCUUGAGAGUGACCUGGAAAAAGCAUUAAGCCAAGAGCAAAUGUAUGCUGAGGCCAUGGAGAAUCUUCAAAACGAAUAUGAUACGCUUGAAGCCGAAAACAAUAACCUGAAGAAAGAAGCGAGCAAGCGAGAAGAAAAACGACAAUCUCUGCUUAGGAAAGCUAACUUUGUUGAACUUGCUGAGAGGGAUGAUCCUGUGCAAAUUCAAGAAAUGGCUGGUAACUACGUUGAAAUGGCAACGGAAAUGGAAACACUCAAAGCGUCCAUUCGUUAUUUAAGAGCUGAGAAUGCUCAACUCAAGAGCUCAGAUUUCAUCCGUAGCUUAGAUUUGAAAGAAAGUCUACUAGUAGAUAAGACUCGUCAAAAGGAUAUCCAGCGAGAGCGUCUGAAUGAUGUUGCUAGAGAAACAAGGAUGUUAUUGAAGGAUAUACGAGCAGCAGGUGCUUCUCCCAAGAUAGUCAGGCUACAGCAUGUUAAGAAGGAUACCAACAAAAUGUUAACAUGGCAAAGUAUGAAAAGAUCACCUGAUUAUCAGUACCAAGCGCAACAAUCUGUCUUAUACACACUCAGACAACGAAGUCUUCAACUGAGAAGUAAAAUGGUUGAUCUCCAAAUCACGUCGCCUAAUGCCAGGAUUUCUUGGACUGAUAACGAACAGAAGCAACAAAAAGCAACAAAAAAGCAUGUGCUACUACAGCAGCAACUUGGAAAAAUUAAGAUACCAAGGUUAGGGUCAAGUUCAUCAAAUGUUUCAGCCAGGCACUGCGUUGAUAUCCACAAUGCAACAGAAUUCAAACAAUUACAUAAUAUAUUCAUUCGAACAUAAAUGUGAUCUCAAAAGGAAUGCCUCAAUUUGAAUCCGCAAGUUGAUAUUCGACGUCAUGGGUUUGUGUAUCCAUACUUCCCUUUCAUUUUUAUUUAUAUGCUUUCAUCUUCCUCUCUUUUGAUUUGUCAAAAAUAAACUGCAUUUUUUUUUGAAU